CAAAGGCUGCCUGCCAAUAGAUCGAGAGCAUCUCCUCCUCCCUCCCCUACCCCCCGCAAAGAAAAGCAUCUCUCGCGGCAUAGAAUAGAUUCAUCCACACGCAUACCUAGCCUCGAUCUUAAACAACAGUGGCUUGUGGGUUUUCUUCUCCGCCGCCACGCCAUGGCUUCCCUGCCUCUUCUUCGUCAAGUCCUCGUUCCAGCCCUCGUGCUGCUCUGCCUCUCUCCGGCCUGCGCUGCUCGGAGGGUCUCGGUGGCCGUCUACUACGAGACGCUGUGCCCGUUCUGCUCCGGCUUCGUCGUGAACGACCUUGCCAGGAUUUUCCGGAACGGCCUCUCCUCCAAUGUCGACCUCCGCCUCGUCCCUUUCGGCAAUGGGCGCGUCUCGCCCGACGGAUCCAUGUCCUGCCAGCAUGGGGAGGAUGAAUGCCAACUCAACGCCAUAGAAGCUUGCGUUAUCAGUGUAUGGCCUGAUGCGGAACGACAUUUCCCUUUCAUAUACUGCAUCGAGCAUUUGUCUCUGACUCGGAAAUGGGGCGCGUGGCAGUCGUGCUUCCACGAAACUGGUCUGCCCUCUCAGCCUGUCAUAGACUGCUACAACUCUGGAUACGGCAGGCAGCUUGAACUCCGGUACGCGGCAGAGACGAAUGCUCUCCAGCCCCCACACAAGUUUGUGCCUUGGGUGGUCGUGAACGGGAGACCCCUUGGCGAUGAUUACACGAAUUUCGAAGCCUACAUUUGCAACGCUUAUGACGGCGAACUUCCGGAGGCAUGCAGGGGAAAGCACCUGCAAAUUGCUCAGCACACAAGAGCAAGCCGAGGACACCAGAGGAAUCCAAGAGAGUUGGCCAUUGUACUUGCUUUUUGCAUCGCUCUGUGGUUCUGAAGCGCUACUUCAUGAAGAUCAACCCGAAUUUUUCGGAGGCAGGUCAAGAUAGUCCACUAACAAAUAGCAGUAGCUGCAUAUAUUGAAACAGGAAAUUGUACAUCCCUUAAAAUAGUUAUUGCUUUCAUUUUAUGGAAAAAGCAGACGCUCUGUUCAUUUCAUUA